CUGACCACAAUAUUGUUUGAUCCCCCCAGAACUGAUACAUUUUUUCAUCAAAGCCUCCAGGGGUGAAAUUGGUCGGGUCCUUCCUGCUCAGCAAACAUGAUGAGUCACUUUCAGGCAAGGAAACACCCCGUUGCUGCUGCAGGUGGGGCAGAGUGUGAACUCAGGAAACUGAAACUUACCCUGUCCCACUGCCGGGAGGGAGCCAUGGCUGCAGCGAGCCCCGUGGAAAGUCUCCAGGAGGAAGCGACAUGUCCCCUCUGUCUGGAGUAUUUCACAGACCCUGUCACUCUGGAGUGUGGGCACAAUUUCUGCCGAGCCUGCGUCGCCCAGUGCUGGGAGGGACCCGACACAGCCGCCUCCUGCCCUCAGUGCAGAGAAACUGUGCAACAGAGAAACCUCAGGCCCAACAGGCAGCUGGCAAAUGUCGUAGAAAUCGCCAAGCGGCUGAGUUUCCAGGCAGCAAAGGGAACAGGAGGGGGCGGGGUGUGUGGGGAACACCAGGAGGCUCUGAAACUGUUCUGUGAAGAGGAUCAAACCCCCAUCUGUGUGAUCUGCAGAGAGUCCCGGGCUCACUGCGCUCACACGGUGGUUCCCAUACAGGAAGCUACCCAGGACUACAAGGAAAAAAUACAAGCCCAUUUGAAGACUCUGAGGGAAGAGAGAGAAAAGCUGCUGGGAUUUAAAGUAACUGGAGAGGAGAGAAGCCAGGAGUAUCUGGUUGGUGCCUGUUGUUCUUCGCCUGCUGGGACAUGGAGCUGGGAGGGAUGUUUAUUGAAACAGACAGAAACCGAGAGGCAGAAGAUUGUGUCUGAAUUUCAGCAACUGCGGCAGUUCCUGGAGGAACAAGAGCGACUCCUGCUGGCUCAGCUGGAAAAGCUGGACAAGGAGAUUGUGAAGAUACAGAAUGAAAAUAUCACCAAACUCUCAGAGGGGAUUUCCCAUCUCAGUGAGCUGAUCAGUGAGAUGGAGGGGAAGUGUCAGAAGCCAGCAAGUGAAUUCCUGCAGGAUGUCAGAAGCACCUUGAGUAGGUGCGAGAAGGGAAAGUUCCAGCAGUCAGAGGAGAUUUCUCCUGAACUGGAAGAGCAAGUCAGCGAUUUCUCCCAGAAAACUAUUGUGCUAAUGGAGACUCUGAGGAAGUUCAAAGACACUCUGCCGUCUGCACUGGAGACACAAAUUGGGGAAUCCCUAGGAGCACACAGGCAGGUGAAUGUGACUCUGGAUCCAGACACGGCUCAUCCCAUCCUCGUCCUGUCUGAGGGUGGGAAAAGUGUGAGAUGUGGAGACACGCGGCAGCGACUGCCCAAGAACCCUGAGAGAUUUGACUCUGUGUUCUGUGUGCUGGGCUGUGAGGGAUUCACUUCGGGGAGACAUCGCUGGGAGGUGGACGUGGAGGAUGGGCAAUUCUGGGCUGUGGGGGUGGCUAGAGCAUCUGUGGGGAGGAAGGGAGGGAUCAGCUGUAGCCCUGAGGGGGGGAUCUGGGCUGUGGAGUGGCUGGGUCAGUUCCUGGCUCUCACCUCCCCUGUGACCCCCCUGCCCCGGAGCCGGGCCCCCAGCAGGAUCCGGGUUUGUCUGGACUGUGACCGGGGGCAGGUGACAUUUAUCGAUGCUGGUGACGAGGCCCCGAUCUUCACUUUCCCGCCGGGCUCCGUCCCUGGGGAGAGAAUCCGCCCCUGGCUCUGGGUGUGGCCGGGAUCCCGUCUCCGACUGUGCCCCUGAGACCCACAGCAGAGGGGGGAGCCGGAAAUCAGCCUCUCUAGCCUCACGGACCCCAGUCUCUAUGACCUUGGAGGACUCCCAUCGACCCAGCCGCUGGCUCCUCUUCUCUUUGACCCCUGGAAGCUCCUUCCCCUCCCUCCCUGCAGCCCCAGGCGUGGGAGGGGGAGGAACCCCUGGGGCUGCAGGAGGGGCAGAGGGGCCCUGAGGGGCAGAGGUGGGGGCUGGGCAGGGGGCAGAACUAACAGCCGGGCUGGGGACAGGCAGAGCUGGGGGCUGGGCAGGGACCCAGCAUGAAUCAAUCAGGGUUUGGGGGGCUGGGGAGAAGCAGCAGCAGGGAGCGGUUUGUGCAGAUCUGUGGGAUUGGAUCUCAUGGGGUCUCCCAGCCAGAGCUCCUGCCCCAGGGGCCCAAGUCACUUCAGGACAACUGGUCGCACUGUCAUGGUCCCACAUACGCGCGGGGGCGGUGGAGGGGAUGGGUAAGGGGUGCAGAUAGAUGGAAAAAACAUAAUAUAACUUUAACAAAAUCAUCAUUCGGUCAGUCUCACGAUUUUUUUAAACUCCUGAGGUUGGCAGCACUGGGGGAGGCAGGGACAGGGCAGGUUUGACCCGAGGGAAUUAGAAGAAGCAAGAAGGUAAAUGUGAAUGAAAAUAAAACAAGAAGAAAGGGAGAGUCCAGGAGAAAUGGUGGAAAAUAGAAUUGAGAAGAGUGACAGGAAACUAUCCUGACAGGGGAACCAGCCGGGGGCAGCAAGAGGGGAAGGGAUAAAAUUGGGGGUGGAGGGGGGUGGAAUGGAGCAGCCAUGGGGGCUGAUCUGUAACAGGGAGGGGAGGAGAGUGGGAGAAACACAGGAAAAUAAACAGGGAUCGGAAGUGAAGGUUAGAAAAAUGAAUAAAAAAGGAGAGUAUGAAAGGAAAGGGAACAGAGAGAUUUAUGACAUGUUACUGAAAGUGAGACUGUAACUCAUUAAUUCCCUAUAUUAAUUCCUGGCCAUUGGUACAUUGGUGCUAUUUUAGUGCCAUUAAGAAAACUGUUCUCCGUAGCUGGGGAUCUGCUUGCAUGCUGUGGUUAUUAAGGCUCCUUCUCAACUCCCUUUACUUUCCACCUUUAGUAAUUACUGUAAAUAAAACAUUACAAACAA